CCCAGCCACCACCGCCCACCAUGACCGGCGCCGCCUCCCCCGCGAUCCUGCUGCUGCUGGUGGCGACCGCCGCUACCACGGCAGCCGCUGCUGUCCGCGGGGCUGUGCCCUACGACAUGGAGGACGCCGACCUGGACACGGCGCAGCUCCUGAGGAAGUACGGCUACCCGGUGGAAGAGCACUUCGUGACGACGGGGGACGGCUACAUCCUGCGCAUGUUCCGCGUGCCGUCCAGCCCCAAGGCGAGUGGGGGCUCCGGCUUCCCCAUCCUCGUGAUGCACGGACUGCUGUCCAGCUCUGCAGAUUGGGUCGUCAUGGGGCCCGGCGAGGCUUUCGCGUACGUACUUGCGGACGCCGGCUACGACGUGUGGCUGGGCAACGCCCGCGGGAACACCUACUCCAGGAACCACACCUCGUUCGACCCCAACAGCAGCGAGUUCUGGCAGUUCAGCUGGCACGAAAUCGGCUACUACGACCUGCCGGCGAUGAUCGACCACGUCCUCGCCCAGACGGGUCAGUCAGACAUAUUCUACGCCGGCCACUCGCAAGGCACCACCUCCUUCUACGUGAUGGCCUCCAUGCGUCCAGAGUACAACGACAAGAUCCGCGUCAUGUUCAGUCUGGCGCCAGUCGCCUAUAUGAACAACCUGGACAGCCCUCUGCUGCAAGUUGUGGCGCAGUUCGUCGACCAGAUUUCGUUCCUCACUCAGUUGAUUGGCUUGAAUGAAUUCCUGCCAAACAGUGAGUUCAUACAGAUGGUGGGAGACAUCAUGUGCAACGAUGACGCUUUCACCCAAGACAUCUGCAGCAAUAUCAUGUUCCUGAUUGGCGGGUACAACCCUGAUGAGAUGAACACGACGAUGCUGCCUGUGCUGUUGGCUCACACACCAGCAGGCGCCUCUAGUAAACAGCUGGUUCACUACGGACAGGAGAUCAAGAGCGGACACUUCCGGCAGUACGACUACGGGAUGAUGGGGAACAUCCAGAGGUACGGCAGCAUCGCCCCGCCGGACUACGACCUCAGCAAGGUGACCGCUAAGGUGGCGCUGCACUACAGCAACAACGACUGGUGCGCCGACGUCCAGGACGUCGACAGACUGUACAAGCAGCUUCCAAACUGCAUCGGCCGCUUCCUCGUUACACAGGACACGUUUAACCACCUCGACUUCAUGUGGGCCAUCCACGCCAGGGACCUGGUGUACAACAAAGUUGUCAGUCUGAUGAGCCGCUACGUGUGACCUGUAGCGGGUGUUCUCUUCAAAUUCAUCAAGAUGGAAAUACUGUGUUAAAAAAAAGAUAUGUCAAAAGAUGUAACCAACUUUAUCAAUAAAUAUUAUAAAGUCUUAA